AUGGGUUCUUUUGAAUUUAUCUCUAUAUUCAUUAUGGUCCUACUUUUCCCAUCAUCUCAUCCCAAAGCCAAAGGUGUCGCUUCAGAUUCUGCUAGUGAGGCGGCUGGUCUUUUGAAAUGGAAGGCCAGUUUUCAAAACCAGAACAAUAGUUUGCUAGCCUCGUGGAACCUCCAAUCCAUCAGCGGCAAGAAUUCUUCCAACCUUCCAUGCACUUGGGCUGGUAUUUCAUGCAUUAAUGGAAGUGUCAACAGGUUGAAUCUCUCAGAAUACAUGAUAAAAGGUAGCCUGUAUGACUUCCCAUUUUCAUCCCUCCCAAAUCUUGAAUAUCUUGAACUUAGCCUGAAUCAAAUCUUUGGCAGCAUACCUCGUGAAAUAGGUAACUUGUCCAAGCUCAUUUAUCUUGAUUUCUCAGUUAAUGAGUUGUCACAUGAAAUCCCACCUGAAAUUUGCAACUUGAGAAACUUGACUCAUUUAGCUCUCGGAAGUAAUCAACUUUCAGGGCCAAUUCCUGACGGAAUUGGAACUCUGCAUAAUCUGAUUGAACUUUAUCUGAACAACAACACUUUGAUAGGUCCAAUUCCAAAGGAAUUGGGUGAUCUAAAACUCCUUACCAAUUUGGAAUUAGGCGAGAACCAAUUUAGUGGGUCCAUUCCUGUUUCAAUUGGUCCAAUCCCUAGAAGCUUGCAGAAUUGCUCAAGCUUAGUUAAGGCCAAUUUCAACGAGAACAAUUUCCAUGGAAACUUGUCAGAAAUGAUCUGCAUCCAUCCAUUCCUGGACUUCAUAGAUCUCAGCAACAAUGAGUUCUACGGUGAACUCUCCAGCAACUGGGUUGAAUGCAAAAUCUUGAAAACCCUGAUAAUUGCAAAGAAUAACAUCACAGGUGGUAUACCUUUAGAAUUUGGAAAUUUAUCUCAACUGCAUGCACUUGAUAUUUCUUCAAAUUUUUUAUCCGGGGAGAUACCAAGGGUAGUGGGGAAGUUGACCUCUAUGCUUAAACUAGAUUUACAUGACAACCAAUUUGUCGGUGGUGUACCUCAGGAAUUGGGAAUGCUAACCGAACUUCUUUACCUAGACCUAUCCACAAAUUCCUUGAAUGGAUCUUUUCCAGAACAUUUGGAAGAUUUGAAGCACUUGUUUUACAUGAACUUGAGCAACAACAUUUUCAGCCAAAAGAUUCCAUUCGAGAUUGGGAAGUUGACCCAACUUUCUGAACUAGAUUUGAGUCGAAAUUUGUUCACAGGAGAGAUACCAUCAGAGUUCCGAAGUUUGCAGAGUCUGGGAACAUUGGACCUCUCCCACAAUAACCUCUCUGGUUUAAUCCCAAAGGCUUUAGCAGAAUUGCCUGGUUCAUUGCAAAUUAAUAUUUCCUUCAAUAAUUUAGAGGGUCCAAUUCCAAGUGGCAGAGCCUUUGUGAAUUUAACGAUAGAAGAAGUAAAGGGAAAUAAAGGCUUGUGUGGCAAUAUUACAGGGUUACGAGCUUGUGAAAGUUCCUCGUUAAUCAAUAGUCAUGUCAAAAAUAAGAGGAAAAAACUUGUUCUCACAGUUGUAUUUCCUCUUCUGGGGUCAUUCAUACUUCUAGGUGCAUUCUUUGGUAUUCCCAAAUUGCGUGAUCAAAGGAAAAAAAUUUCAAGAAUUGAAGAUAUGGAUGUGAAGAAGUGCCAUUUAUUUGCCAUAUAUGGAUAUGAUGGCAAAGCAUUGUAUAAAGAAAUAGUAUUGACUACACAAGAGUUCAGUGAAGUAUUUUGCAUAGGGAAAGGAGGUUAUGGAAGUGUUUAUAGAGCACAGCUUUCAUCAGGGGAUGUAGUAGCUGUAAAGAGACUUCACAACAUGCCUGAGAUGGCAAGUCAUAGAAGUUUCUUGAAUGAGAUAAGAGCCUUGAUAGAAAUCAAGCAUCGAAACAUUGUAAAACUCUUGGGCUUCUGCUCCAACUCUCAGCACUCAUUUUUGGUUUAUGAGUAUCUUGAAAGAGGAAGUUUGGCCAAAAUCUUGAGCAUAGAAGAAGAAGCUAUUGAACUAGACUGGCAGAAGAGGUUGAAAAUCAUCAAAGGCAUCGCUCAAGCUUUAUCUUACAUGCAUCAUGAUUGUUCACCAGCAAUUGUACAUCGGGACAUAUCAAGCAACAACAUUUUGCUCGAUUCAGAAGACGAGGCUCAUGUUUCAGAUUUUGGCACUUCUAAGUUUCUGAAAAAAGACUCAUCUAAUUGGAGUUCUCUUGCAGGAACAUGUGGAUAUGUUGCACCAGAAUUUGCCUACACAAUGAAAGUAACUGAAAAGUGUGAUGUUUAUAGCUUUGGGGUCCUGACAAUGGAAGUAAUCAAAGGAAAGCACCCCGGUGACUUGAUUGCUUAUCUAAUGUCUUCAAAGCCUGAGAAAAUAGAACUGAAAGACUUGUUCGAUCAAAGACUUCUGUAUCCCAAUCAAGAAAUUGAAAACAUUCUGGCAUCCGUUCUCAAAGUAGCAAGAGAAUGUCUACAUGUUGAUCCACAAUCUAGGCCAACAAUGCUCUUUAUUUCUAGGCUGUUAUCAACUGGUGCACAAUCUGUGUCACAUAUUGUACAAGACUCCGAUGACCAUAUUAAUCUUUUUUCCUAA